AUGUCUCCAACUAAGUCAUCCCGUUUGUUCAGCCGCGUGAAGAAGCGGGUUUCAUCACUUCUUCGCACAGUGUUGCCAUCGCGAGCAUCGAGGCCGCACCAACGAUUCACUGUGGUUGUUAGCGAGGAGGAUUUUUCCUGCGGCACUAGCUCUUACACAACCGUCGAAGAUUCUGAGCCACCCGAACAGGAGGCUAUUGUGUCGGAGUUGCCGACCCCUCCACAGAUUCAACGUUUCCGAGUGCGACGUCCUCGUGCCGACGUGGAAUACUCCGCCAGCCCAUACCGAUCACCAAGCGCUAGUGCGGGUUCCCGACCUGGCCGACGUCGUAACGCGCAAUGCUUUGCCGAUGCUCCAUCUAAUCUUUCGACCAUUUCGCCUGCUGUGUCUGAGGAUAAAGCCGACCUUUCUUCUUUGAGUGAUCCUGCGGAGAUCAACACUUCAUCCAUCCCAAGUCUACACUUAAGCUCAGGCAACACCGAGCAGAACACAUUGAACAAUGAGAUUGGCCGAACUCCAGGCUCGGCUCAAGCCUUCGCAUUUGCUGUCAAUGAAGACCACACUAGCGACAACAGACCCUGGGACGACUUCUCAUCCGACGAGUUCAACGAUGCGGACGCCCCAGUCUACCAAGGAAACGGUGUUUACCAACUUAUUGAUGGGAGCCACCACGGUAUCAAUGAGCUGCCGGCACGACCGGGAGAGGCAUAUUCACCACCUUACCGACCCAAUUCCCCCAUGUUGGCCGAGGUCGUGCCGUCACCGCUCCCGGCACUACUGCGUCCCAAGAUUUCCCCAGAGGACGCUGUUGACAAUGCCACAUUGGCCAUGGUAGGGGCGUCCAGCGAAACCCAACAAGCAAUCACUGACCUUGUCGACCAAGCUCGCGUUUACUUCCACAAUGCUGAGGUGCAUCGCCGACAAGCCAUACGCGCUGAAGAGCGAGAGGCCAUGGCGGUGACGUUGGUUGCCGAGCGAGACGCUGAGAUUCAAUGGCUCCAAGAUCGUCUUCGGAAUCCUCAGGAUUGGACUCCCCCACGCCCCGACCGACGGCUCUCACUCUGA